AUGUUCAAUCCAAACUCCAUCAAGACCUUAAGGACUAUGAGUGCAUCCUCAUAACGUUCCACGUAAAAUAAACUUUUAAUGGAAGAAAUUGAUUCUGCAAUUAAGGAUUUGAGAGAAUGGAAAAAAAAUGAAAAUCUUGAAUUGAAAAAACAACUUAUGGAAAACUAACAAACAAAAAAAAUCAUCUACAAAAGUGGAUAUGAAAUAGAUGAGGAAGAAGAGGACACUAGAUAAGAGGAAUUAUUAUAAUAAUAAACUGAUCUAAAUAAUAAAUUGCAAAAGAUUAGACAGGAAUAUAUGAAGGAAUAUCUUCAAAUUCCAAAAUAUAUGGCUAGUGAAUAAAAAACCUAAGAAGUGACACAAAAGUUAUAAGAAAGUUCUUAAAGAUUAGAAAAUUUAGAAAACUAUCCUAUUAAUUAGCUUAAUCUUAAUAAAAUGGAUGAUGAUAUCUUGCUAAAAUUGACUUAAUGGAAGGCUUAGCUUGUAGAACUUGAUUAGAUUUCAUAAGAAUAAGAAUCUGCAUAAUAAGAUACUCAGAGUGAUUAGAAUGGAUAAGUAACAGCAAAUAUGAAAUAAAAAAUAUAAUAAGAAUUAGAUUAAUUUUAAAAAUAUGAAAUGACAAUUUCAAAAGAGUAAUAAGAAAAAUAAGAGUUUAAUUAGCAAAUUCAAUAGGAGUUGAAUGAUCUCGAUAAAGAUUUCGAUGAAAUAGAUUCAUUAUUAAAUUAAUGCGGAAUUAAGUGA